UUGAUUGUGGAGCGCUGAAGCCUUCCAGACGUGGUUCAAAAAGUGCGAGAUUACGCAGACGGCAUUAUCAAUUGACUGGCUGUAUUAUAUAAGAUUGGCCCCCGACAAGCCCCCGGAAAACUUUGAUUAAUAAUUAUUAAUAGAAUUUGCUGCGCAAAUAAUUAUAAAUAAAAGUGAUAGUUUGUGUGAAAGAUUUGGUUUUAGCGAGAUGGCCGACAGACCGCAGAAUGCGAGGGAACCAAAACCGCUAAAGCCCGUGACGAAGACGGCCGAUCCGAUAAUCUCGCAGAUCGGCGACUUCCGGCGCUAUCAGAUGUUCUUCUUCUUCAUCAUAGUGCUGUGCAAAUUCGGAACCGGAUGGCACACCCUGGGCCACAUUUUCCUAGCCGCCCCCACGCCCCUAUCCUGCACCACGACCAACGUCACGGAUCCCUGCAGUGACGAGUGCUCGGAGACCGAGUACGACACCAGCGUCUUCAAGUCCACGAUUAUCACCGAGUGGGACCUCACCUGCGAUAAGAAGCAGCUGGCCAGCAUGUCCCAGUCCCUCGUAAUGCUGGGUGUUUUGGUCGGCAGCCUGGUAUUCGGCAUGCUAGCCGAUCGAUUUGGACGACGCCCGGCCUUUCUGUUUAGCUGUUUCCUGCAGCUGUUCAGUGGACUGAUCGUUUGCGUAUCGCCCUACUUUUGGUUCUACUGCAUCUUUCGAUUUCUGGUGGCUGUGGCCACGGCGGGUACGAUGACCACCAGCUUCGUCUUGCUCAUGGAGAUCGUGGGGCCGAAGAAGCGCGAAGUGGUGGCCAUUUUCUACCAACUACCCUUCAACAUCGGCCACGCCUCCCUGGCCGUGUUCGCCUACUUUAUCCGUGAGUGGCGAUGGUACCAGUUCAGCAUCACGAUCUUCUCGGCCGUGUUCGUGAUCUACAUUUGGCUGGUGCCGGAGUCUCCGCGCUGGCUCUUUACCACCGGCAGGCUGGACAAGUCCAUUAAGAUUCUGGAGAAGAUCGCCAAGUGCAACAGGGCGCCGACGGAAACGAUCCGGCCGGAAAUUGAGGCGGCCUACGCAACCCUGGCCGCCCGCCAGCCGAUGAAGAAGGGCACCAUGUUGGACCUCUUCAAGACGCCCUACCUGCGGAUCAAGACCAUCUGCAUGGCCAACAACUGGCUGGUGGUCUGCAUGGUCUACUACGGCACCGCCCAGUACGUCUCCAAGCUGGGCGGGAACAUCUUCAUCAGCAACCUGAUCGCCGCCGUGGUGGGCAUUCCGGGCACCUGUCUCUGCGUGAUCAUGACCAAGUACCUGGGUCGCAAGAAGACGCUGCUGCUAUCAAACGGCUGCAGUGCCGUGGGCCUGCUCCUCCUGGCCGGCCUCUGCACCCAGGGUCAGGCGGUCAAGGUGGCCUGCGCCACCAUUGGCCUCUUUGGAGCCUCGGUCACCUUCCCGACUGUUUACCUAUACGGCGGAGAGCUCUUUCCCACGGUGGUGCGAUCUAGUGGAGUGGGUCUGUGCUCCAUGAUCGGCAGGGUGGGCUCCAUUGUGGCCCCCAUGGUCUGCGAACUGGAUUGCUAUGCCUUGUGGAUAGCGCCCCUAAUCUUCGGGGUGUUCUCCAUACUGGCCAUGGUGGGCACUAUUUUCAUACCGGAGACACGAGGCACUCCGCUUCCAGAGACCCUGGAGGAUGGCGAGAAUUUCGGUCGCAAGAAGAAGGCGGUGGCAUAGGGCCUUUCGCGCAGUGUAGCAAAUCGUUGGCUAAGCGGGAAUUCAUAAUUUUCGGGCCCAGCCAAAGCGCCAAAGCCUGGGCUCUAAAAUUAUUAAGUUCGACUUUGGCUGCGAUUUAUACGAUGCGAUAUGUCAGUCACCGCCGAACUGCCGUUCGUGCCGCAAAGUAGAGGCGAAACAAAAAAAUUGAAAAAUCUAGCGAAUGCAAAAGGUAAUUACCGCGGAGUAACUUCCACUUCGUGAUUAUUAAAACUGGGUUAACCGUCUGAAUCCAGCUCGGCUGCUGUUCUCCAACUGACUUAAUGUCGAGGUGCAAGGCAGCCAAACUGGCAAUCCCGCCAAGUGACUGGGAAUGCAAACUUCGCAUGUGAACCCAAUCGAUAGCACCAUUGAAAUUAUAAAGUAAGACCCAUGGAGGAUGUGGGAAAUAAGUUUAAUUGCAUCUCUUAAGUCAUCUGUACCCAAAACCGAGGCUCCUACCCUGGAACAUCGCUAAAGGCCUGCAAAAUCUGGAGUAUAACAUAAAUUGUUUUGUAUCAUUUAUAGCUUAUAAGAAAAAAACAGAAAAAGCAUUCCCUCAUAACGUCAGUAAUUUAAAAACGAAUAAAUGGUAUCUCAGCGAUUCAUUUAAUAAAACAA